GCUGGAGAUCCCUGGGUGCUUGAGACCUUCCUCAGGAAAAAUCAACCUACGGUUGAGGAACAAUGUGAAGGUGAAGCCAGGUUUGCUGGAUGAGAUUUGUCUCGUGGCUAUUCAACUACCUGGGCUCUCCCUCUUCUGCACAGGACAGGAAGAGAAAUCAAGAUGGAACAGCUGGUGGGAGAUAGCCUACUGGCUAGCGUUAAAGGAAAAAGAGUUUGGACUUUGGGAAAAUUGAUUUCAUUUAUUCUGGUAGCAGCAGUUCAAAGCGAUGUAUCAAAUUGCCUUCAUCCAAAUGAACAGCUGAUUCUUCAAUCAUCAUCCAGUGAGGAGAGCUGUCUUCUCACCCAAGAAAAGAUGAUGCACAAGGAGAUCACAGAAUCACACAAUUCUAGGGGCUGUGAGGGACCCCCAGGGAUCAUUGAAUCCAGCCCCCUGCAAAGCAGGCCCCCUCCAGCAGGCUGCAGAGGGACAGAGGUGAGACCGAGUGGCCUUGACUUUCCUGGAUCCUCUUUCUUGCCCUUUCUGAAGACCGGCGUGACAUCGGCUGUCCUCCGGUCCUCAGGCACCUCCUCUGUUCUCCAAGACCUGUCAAAGAUGACAGAGAGUGAUUCAGCAGUCACAUCUGCCAUCUCCCCCAGUAUGUGUGGCUGCAUCCUGCCGGUGACUUUUUACAGGAAAAAGGUGUGGCACGAUACCGUAGCUCUUCACAGCUUCAAAGCAUUACGUGCACAGUACAGAUACAGAUGUCCUGAGUGUUUCACCUCAUUCACCCAACUGGCAAUGGGAAGGUUAGGAACAGUAAAAAACAUCAUCUUCUUCCAGAAGGCCUUGAAAAACUGUUGGAAAGGCAACACCUCCUAUGGAAGCUUUGCUGGUAAUUCAGAUGUUCGUGAUAUGUGAAUCCUUACCUUAGAAGUCGUGCUUGAUUGGAUUUGCUGCAGUGUUUCGGGUGAGGAACUGCAUUUCUGGAGGAAUUUCUACUUCUUGCCCAUCCCUGAUGGCGUUGCAUAUCAUUCAAGGAGCAGCGCAAGUGUAUUCUUCGGAGUACUGAGAAGAAGUGAAAAAUACAUUUUCUCCCCUUCCUUGUUACUGUCACCUUCAUAGCACUUUCCUGGUUGACCAACCCCGCUCUGUGACAGUGUCUGCCACGGAAACUGGAAUGGAAUUUCAGUGCUGGUGCAGGCUUUGAGACGGUAAUCAAGUGUGUGACUGAGUUAUUGGAAUGUGACGUGUCAGGUCCGUAGUGCACUUGUGGAUUCUGCAAGCCAAGUCAGAAAAGAAGAGUAACAAAUUCUUCAAACAGUGCAAACUAGCAGCGCCGCACAAGGCAGAACGUUACAUUUGACUGUUGGUAGAUGUAGCUCUGAAGUUCAUUCUGGGGGUAGGAGAAAUUCCCCAAACUCUUCUGUAUCAUACCCACAAAUUACGCUAUGCAUGCUUACAUAUUUACUAACAGAUCUCCUGCAGAAAGAUAGUAAUAACCAUGCCACUGGAAUUCCAGAAACAGCAAAUAAUUGUGAGUCUCAUGUAACUCUACUUUCAGUCCCAGUCAUGGAUUGGUUGAAUCAAACUAACAUAUUCAUAUAAUUCCCUAAUCCUUUUGCAACAUCUGACCCAUAUUUUAAUAAUAACAUAUUUUAGAUUUUAACUCUUGUUGAGCUUAUGUUGGGAUACAUCUUGAAUUGGUUCUCAUUCCUCAUCAAAUGCUUAUGGUCAGUGCCAUGGUUUUAUGAUUUUGAGUAAUCAGGAUUCCGCAUCACAACAUCAUAUACUGCACUGGGAGUUAAAGAGUUAGUGCUCCAGUUCUGGGUACCUGUCUGUGAAGAGAACUAUAUCCCCCAGAGGACCGUUUGCAGUUCUGCUCCUGUUUCCGUUCAGAGGGAAAAGAUAAAACUUUCACGUAUCAGGAGACGCCCCCUCUUUUCUCUUCUGUUCAGCCCAACUACGUUUCCUCAACGUUAGAGUAAGGACUUCCGUUUUCAGGCGCUCUCUCUAAUUUUAUUUCAUUUGUUAGCUUCAAUUCUAAUUAUAUUGUAUUACAGUGUGUUAUCUUGCAUUCUGGUAUCUUAUUUAGCAGAUUAGUUUGUUGCUCCUCAGAUUGUUUCCCCUGCUUUGUUUUUAGGCCCAUCUCUCUACCCUUUUCCUCCUUUCCCCCUUUUCUCUUUCCUGGUGCAUGGAGUUCCCCAGGAAAAGUUCCCCUGCCCCGCCAGUCACAGAACCGGGCUGAACCGGCCCGUAAACUGUUGACAUUCUUUUAUUCCAUUAGAAAUACCUAACCACGAUAACUGGGCUUACUCGAGCUACUUCAGGUUUAGGUUGUAGUUCUACGUUUUAUGUAAUGCUGUUCCUUCAGGUUAUGAUGUGACGUUGUCUCCGAGUGUUUCAUGUAACGUUGCCAUGUCUCAGGCAUUCAGAAUGGUCUCGUGUUGUCAGCAGUCAUCCUCCAGCUUUUGUGUCUUUGAAACAUUUUUUGUGCUUCUGUGAGCUGUACUUUAUGAACUGUCCUUUUUGAAACACUUCAAAAGAAGAACAUGUUAUAAUCUUAACCUCUGAGAACAAACUUUGCUUUGCCUGCCCUGGCCCAAUUCCACAUCUGGGAUGUUUAAAAGAAUUGCUGCCUAAGCACUAUUCAUGUUCUGGGUACAAUAUUACCCACUUGAUCUGCGUAGCUGUCACAAGAACAAUGGUCUCAGAGAAUGUUCUGUUCUUCAGCAUCAGUAAAGAAGAACUGCAUACGUUUAGGGGAAUCCUGAGUGAUGAGUUAUCUACAGAGGAACCUCUCUGAUUUCCCCAUUCUCUUCUCAGAUGGAGAUUAUAGAAUGAAUGACAUUUUUACUGUGUAAUUGAGUACUUCAGUGAAGGUGAUUUGACAGCCAUUUCUGUGACAGAGCAGGUGAUGGGAGAAUGCUCUAGGUCGGUUCUUUCCCUCCGGUAGAGUCUUUCAUUCCAUGUCAGUACGUGGUCUCCCAAGGUACUAAAAGGUUACACUGGGCAUGUAUUGAGUUCCUACCCUUACUGCUGAUGAUUUUUAUUAGAUGGAUGAAAUCAGUUCUGCUCAGUGUACAAACAGCUGACAGUUUUAAAGCCAAUAUUCAAAAGUAAGUACUCUGUGGCAUGAAUAAGUGAAACUAUUUCAGGGAAAAAAGCCAUCAGAUCACUGCGAACUUAACAGCGAACGUGUUUUCACCACCUUUCAAGUGCUUAAGUUUGGAGUAAUGUGUUAGAGAUGGAGAGGGGAAAAAAAUGAAGGCGUAAGGCCUUUCAGUUUUGAACUAGAUAUGCCAAGGAACCUUUUGGUAGUGGGUAUGUGGUGGUUUUUCUUUUAUUUGUUUGUUUGUUUAUGUAUCAUCCAUCUUGAAAGAUUUCCUUUAGCUUUGACCUUGACUGUUGAAUUGCUGGUGAGUUGACUGCCUUGUUAUAGUCUUGUACCAAGUGCUUUCACAGUGCUCAGAAUGGGAUGGCC